AUGCCCAUCCUGCUGUUCCUCAUAGACACGUCCGCCUCUAUGAACCAGCGCACUGACCUGGGCACCUCCUAUUUGGACAUUGCCAAAGGCGCUGUGGAGUUAUUCUUGAAGCUGCGCGCCCGGGACCCAGCCAGCCGCGGAGACAGGUACAUGCUGGUCACCUACGACGAACCCCCGUAUUGCAUCAAGGCUGGUUGGAAGGAAAAUCACGCAACAUUCAUGAGUGAACUAAAAAAUCUUCAGGCUUCUGGACUGACUACUCUUGGUCAGGCUCUAAGAUCCUCAUUUGAUUUGUUAAAUCUCAAUAGAUUAAUAUCUGGAAUAGACAAUUAUGGACAGGGGAGAAAUCCAUUUUUUUUAGAACCAUCUAUUUUAAUUACCAUCACAGAUGGAAACAAGUUAACAAGUACUGCUGGUGUUCAGGAAGAGCUUCAUCUUCCUUUGAAUUCUCCUCUGCCUGGAAGUGAACUAACCAAAGAACCUUUUCGUUGGGAUCAACGGUUAUUUGCUCUGGUGUUACGAUUGCCUGGAGUGGCUUCUACUGAGCCAGAGCAACUAGGAAGCGUACCAACUGAUGAAUCUGCCAUCACACAGAUGUGUGAAGUCACAGGAGGUCGCUCCUACUGUGUGAGAACACAGAGAAUGUUGAAUCAAUGUUUAGAAUCUCUAGUUCAAAAAGUUCAGAGUGGUGUAGUUAUUAAUUUUGAAAAAACAGGACCAGAUCCACUUCCUACUGGAGAAGAUGGACUUAUGGAGUCAUCUAGGCCAAGCAAUUCAUUUGCUGCUCAACCAUGGCAUAGUUGUCAUAAACUCAUUUAUGUACGACCUAACUCUAAAACUGGUGUUCCUGUUGGACAUUGGCCAAUUCCAGAAUCUUUUUGGCCAGAUCAGAAUUUACCUUCACUACCUCCACGAACAUCUCAUCCUAUUGUGAGGUUUUCUUGUGUAGAUUGUGAACCAAUGGUAAUAGACAAACUUCCCUUUGACAAAUAUGAACUUGAACCUUCACCCUUAACUCAGUACAUCUUGGAACGAAAGUCUCCCCAUACCUGCUGGCAGGUAUUUGUUACUAGCAGUGGAAAAUACAAUGAACUUGGAUAUCCAUUUGGUUAUUUAAAAGCCAGUACGACUUUAACUUGUGUAAACCUCUUUGUGAUGCCUUACAACUACCCAGUUUUACUUCCUCUUUUAGAUGACUUGUUUAAAGUUCACAAGCUUAAGCCAAAUCUGAAGUGGCGACAGGCUUUUGACAGCUACUUAAAAACUCUGCCUCCAUACUACUUAUUAACCAAACUAGAAUCAGAACGAAUACUAGCAUCAGUGGGGAAGAAACCUCCCCAGGAAAUUGGAAUCAAAGUGAAAAAUCAUUCUGGAAGUGGUGUGUCCUUGAUUCACAAUAAAAAUUUUAGAAAACUAUUGAAAGAAAUCACAGGAGAGACUGUACCAAGACCGACAGAAUUCAAUACCAAAGAAUUUGCUGGCUUCCAAGUAGGGCUCUUAAACAAGGAUUUGAAACCUCAGACAUAUAGAAAUGCUUAUGAUAUUCCACGCAGAGGUCUUUUAGACCAGUUGACCAGAAUGAGAUCCAAUUUGCUGAAAACGCACAAGUUUAUUGUUGGACAAGAUGAAGAUUCCCUUCAUAGUGUUCCAGUUGCACAAAUGGGUAACUAUCAGGAAUAUCUGAAGACGUUGCCUUCUCCACUACGAGAAAUCGAUCCAGAUCAACCAAAAAGACUGCAUACUUUUGGCAAUCCAUUUAAACAAGAUAAGAAGGGAAUGAUGAUUGAUGAAGCAGAUGAGUUUGUAGCAGGGCCACAAAACAAAGUGAAACGUCCUGGAGAACCCAACAGUCCUAUGUCAUCUAAGAGAAGGCGGAGUAUGUCCCUGCUGUUGAGGAAACCACAAACACCACCUACUGUAACUAACCAUGCGGGCGGAAAGGGACCACCCUCAGCCUCGUGGUUCCCAUCUUAUCCAAACCUCAUAAAACCCACCCUUGUACAUACAGAUGCUACUGUCAUUCACGAUGUCCAUGAGGAGAAGAUGGAAAAUGGUCAGUCUCCACUUGAUGGCUUCCUGUCAAAAUCUCCACCGGAGCUUAUGAAUGUGGCAGGAGAUGGUGUUCCAACCAACCAGUUGGAUUCUCUCUCUGAUGACUUCACUAGUCUCAGCAAAGAUGGGCUGAUUCACAAACCUGGUAGUAAUGCACUUGGAGGAGGAGCCAAAAACUGCAGUCUCUCUGUAGACGAACGAACUAUGCCAAAUACAUUGCAAAUAACUCCUGCGAUGGCACAAGGAAUCAAUGCUGAUAUAAAACAUCAAUUAAUGAAGGAAGUCCGAAAGUUUGGACGAAAAUAUGAAAGAAUUUUCAUUUUGCUUGAAGAAGUGCAAGGACCUCUGGAGAUGAAAAAACAGUUUGUUGAAUUUACCAUCAAGGAAGCUGCAAGGUUUAAAAGACGAGUCUUAAUUCAGUACCUUGAGAAGGUACUAGAAAAAAUAGAUUCCUACCACCUUCUCAACAACAUUAAUCACAUCAACAGCAGAUCAUCAUAUUAAUGCAAAGACAGAUGUGAAAAAAUGGCAAGUUCUCUGUGCUAUAAGAUGGAAUGGGAUAUUGUCGAAGCCUCCUAGAAUGUUUGAG